AUAUGCAUCAUGGCAGUUGUGUUCCUGAUGUUGGUCUUUUAACAUAUUUAUCUCUGCAAGUUACUUAGGAGUAAUCUCUGGACAAGUUACGGAAAUAAUACUUUUUGUAUUUGUAGUUAUUUACAGAAAACAUGUGAUAGGACAGUAUAGUAAACGCAUUAUUUGUUGAUUGGUUUAUUGAAUAAAAGUGUAAUGGAAGAUAGUGGAAUUGAUAGUGGAGACCACAACGGGGACCCUUCUUUAAAACCCAGAGGUAGUGACUCUUCUAGUGCUGACAGUAGUAGAUCGCCUCCUCGGUCUCUGCCAACAUCUCGUCAGCUACAAAGAAAACUAGAAGCUCGCAUAGAACAUGCUCGUAGACUACAUCAGGAGUAUCAUGCAACACCCGGUCUUAUUCCAAUUCAAAGACUUCCAAUUCCAGGCGCUAAAGAUCAUCAACCCCUUGUCCAGUGGGAUACCGAUGAUAGUGAAGAAGAUAUUGUGAAUUUUUUUCCCUUAUCUAGAAAGGAAUCGCGAAUUCAUCAAGAGCUAACCGACACUUUUAGCAUAGAGGAAAUGAGCAUAUCAGGAGAUGAUGAAGAAGAGGAAGAUUUACAUCUAGUUCCUCCUCAAACGGUCUACAAGAAAUUCGCUUGUUGUCCAUUUUCGUUUUGUGUUAUAAUGUAGUCGGCGAAGACUGUUGAUGAUGUUUAAUGGAAAUGUAUAUGAAGUUGCAGUAUUAUUGGAUUUUUCAGACUUGCUGAUUAUUGACUAAUAUUUUAAAUAGAAUUAAAUAUUAUAAAUGCAGUAUUAGAUCCUUUGGUCCUUAUUUUCUAAAGGUACUUUUUCUUAAAAUAUAUGAAAAGAAUACAAGAUGUGCAAUUGGUAUAUGUGAUAAUUAAAAAAAAAUACAAUGAGAUCUAUAUGUACCGUAUUAUGUGUAUUACUUACAGGUAUUCUGCUUUAAGUAGUUAACAAUGAAAUUACCUCUGUAAAGAUUUGUGAAUAACCUUUAUAUCUUUUGAUAGACAAUGUUAUCUGCUUUUGACAUUAGAGAGCAUAUAACACCUUAUCUAAUUAUAGUAUGUAAUAGUCAUGAUCUCGAAAACAUAUAAAUAAAUUAUUUAUUUAAAAAUAUUUAAAGAAGGGUUGAUUUGGUCACACUUUUUAAACAUUACAAUAAAUGGAUUGGUUGUUUUCACAGAGACGUAAAAUAUUCGAUGUAGGUAUGUUGUCUACUGU